CCUUGACCUCAUAACCCGGACCGAACAAAUGUCGGGUCACACCAAGGACAUGAACGACAGCCAUACUGAGGCACUGCAGGCCCUGCUCAAUUCGCUAUCACCCAAAGGACCGGACGCGAGUCUGUCUUCAAAGCUAGCGCCUUCCCAACUCCAAAAUCUCGCUAACAAAAUAGAUGAGAUCCUCGGAGGCGCAAGUGACGGUGAAGGCUUGCAACGGAAUGAGAAGGGUGAACUUCUUAACGAUGAGGGUCUCCCGAUCAUAGACAUCACUGAACCUGCUAUGGAUACCACUGAUGUUCACUCUCCAGCGGCCCCGUUUCACGAACCGGAUCUCAUACCAGAAUCAUCUCUCUCUGCCUCGGAGAGGGAACAACGUCGUCGCAAACGAGAUGACAUUUUGGCCAAGCUUGAAGAAGAGGAACGAUUACAAUUGGAAAGAGACGAAGAAGAAGAAAAGGAGAAGCGGAUGGAGGAUAUACGCAAACGUAAGGAGGCUGCGAAAGCAGAAAUGGAGCGGUUAAGAGCAGCGAAAGAGAUGCAGAAGAAAAUGGGCAAAGCCUUGCUGAGAAACCUUGCAGAAGCUAGGGAAAAGGAGGAGCGAGAGCUAAAAGAUCUGAUUGAAAAGGAAUCCCCCAAAUCCGAAUCCUCCAAACCCAAGAAGACCGUCACUUUUGCUAAUCCUAGUUCGCCGGAUGAAUCAUCUGCUACAGGGGAGAGUCAAACUGCAGGAUCAUCCAUUAAUUGGGGAGACAUCUCACCUGCCAGACUGCGAUCCAGCGAUCGAGUUCCACUUCGGACCAGAGCAAAUACAGAGCAUCAUCCCAUGAAAAUGAACGUGGUGGAGCGGCAUCCAGCUUCGUACCAGCCAUCGGAAAUACAGCCUGAAGGUGAUUCGGAUGAUGAACCUCUUUCUACGACGUCUGAGACACACGAUGAAGCUGGAAAUAUUCCAAACGAGUCCUACACUUCGAGCAGUGACGACGACGACGAAUCAGAUGAGGGCCUCCUCGAAGAGGAAUAUGAUUGGGAUUCUGCUCAGCACCACCGAGAAGUGGCCCUGGAGUAUUAUAAGAAGCGUCAUGCUAUUGGUGCAGAGGCUGCUCAAGCGAUGACUUCGCACACGCAUAAUGACGAAGAAUGGAACCAAGGAGAAAUUCCCCCAGAUCAGCGCCCGAAACCCAGCGUGUCGCGCUUCAGGGCUGAUCGGAUGGCUACAGCGUAUGAUAGGUCUACCUCUACUUCGCUUGGUCCAACAGUCAUCCCGGCCUCUCGACAAAAGUCCUUGCAAGAAGCUAUCCGGUUGGGAAAAGUUGAAAACGAUCAUCUUGUUGGCGGCGAGGAGGGGGAAAGUGGGAGUGAGGAUGAGGCUGUCCGAGAGGUCUUAGAACUUCUGAGCAAUGGACGCAUCCAUAAUGCUGGUCCUGGCUUCGUCCCUCAACCUACACAAAAUUCUGAAGGCCCGGUAUCAUCGAGAGCUGCCGAAGAGCCUGCUACGGCGCCAUUAGUUCCAGCUGCCCCGAAAACGUCAAAGUUCAAGAUGGCGCGAUGCGGUCUUGCCUCAGAUCAACCUGCCAAAACACCCACUCCAUUGCCAGUGGGAGAAGUGUCAUCUCCUAAACCAGCUGUCUCGGAAGUCAUCGAGCGCCGACAAUUCAAACCCAACCCUCCACACCAAAGAGUUGUUGAAGAUGUGCCGCCAUUGCCAAUCCUUCCGACGGUCGUUGAAUCACCCUCUUUCCCUUCUAUGAUCGUGGACUCGCCUUCUUUUCCGCGCAAACAGCAGCCUUUAUCUGACAAUAAUACGGGCCGUCCACAACGCCCCCCAGCUGUUAUGCGCUCGACCGUGACGGAAUUAAAUGGAGGUUCUGUUAGAAGCGCGGUAGACACUGUCGCCAGGGUCCCGGAGGGAAAGAUAUCUAGGUUCAAAGCAGAGAGGAUGUACGAUGAAUAAUUUUACUAGACGUAACUCAGGUAUCACAUAAAGUAAGGACAUCGCAAGCUCAUUGGUGAAAGAAUUUGGUAUUGUAGAUAAACGAGUAUACAGGGGUCGUUACAUAAUAAGCA